AUGAGUAUCCUCCGCUCAGCGCUAGACAAGGUCCGCGACCGCUACGCACCGAUCAAACAUACCUCGACCUUUCGAAACACCGGUCAAAUCACCCCAGAAGAAUUCCUGUUAGCCGGCGACUAUCUCGUCUACAAGUUCCCUUCAUGGUCAUGGGCCGACGCCUCCAGCCCAGCCCGUCGAGUCAACUACUUGCCCGCUGGUAAACAAUUCCUGAUCACCCGUGGUGUUCCGUGCCAUCGACGACUGGACGACAACUUUGCUGGGAGCAACGGUGCCGCCGACGAUCUUGUCCGCGAUGGCUUCCUCGGCGGGCCUGACGAUGAGACUGGAGGCGACGACGAAGGCUGGCUCAGGACAGGUGGCACGACCGAGAAAGAGCAAGAAGGGUUGAGGGGAGAAGUACAAACCAUGAGCGAGAGUGGCCAACUCGGGAAAAAGGCCAGCGAAGAGGAAGACGACGACGACGAGAUCCCAGACAUGGAGGACGAAGACGAUGACAACGAGGCCAUCAUUCGAGAUAAGACCGAGGGCACAUCAGCUCCUCUACGUACGUACACUCUCUACAUCACGUACACGCCGUACUACCGCACCCCACGAAUGUACCUGUCCGGGUAUCUAUCGCCAUCCGAGCCUCUCCCGCCACACUUGAUGAUGGAAGACAUCGUAGGAGACUACAAGGACAAGACGGUCACGCUGGAGGAUUUCCCCUUCUUCGACACCAGCGUGAAAAUGGCAUCCGUGCACCCCUGCAAACACGCCAGCGUCAUGAAGAUUCUCCUUGAUCGUGCCGACGCAGCGUUGAAACUCCGUCUAGAGAAGCAGCCCUCCGACGGCGGAUCCACGGGCCCUGUGUCUGGAAUGGAAGGGUUGAUAGACGACACGUCGAGAUUGGAUCUCGCCAACAAGCAGAAGGAAGAAAAGCGAGGCCACGACGCCGGAGUCAAGGCUGCCACAGGCGGUGCUGGGGACGAGUGGGAAGUGCUUGACGAGCAAGAUGCAGACAAGGAGGACGAGAGCGAAAAGGUCGCCAUCCGGGUCGAUCAGUACCUUGUGGUGUUUUUGAAGUUCAUGGCCAGUGUCACGCCGGGUAUUGAGCAUGACUUUACCAUGGGAGUCUAA